UGGCAUCUGAGCGCUCGAUUCUCGGCAUCUUGAUCUGAUCCUCUCUCCCACUUGCUCAUCCAACGGCGUACAUAUCUCCCGUCUGGUUUAUUAAUUUCUAAGGGAGAAAUAGACCUGAGACCGGGAGAAAGCUCCGGGAGAGAAAUUAAUCUAGAAGAAUCAUGGAUCACGUUUUGGAUUCUCCGCUUGAAGCUCUCACGUUUAAUUAUGUAAGUUUUGGGAUUUUUUCGUUGGUUAAUAAUCUAUGGCCGUUGGUGGCGGUUAUCACGGCGGCGGUGAGUUUCUGGAAAAUUAAAGCUGCCGCUGGGAUCACACCCUUGAAGAAGCUCGUCGACGACACGCCUGCUGCGCCACUGUCUUGUGUUAAUCAUCGGGAAAAGUUGUUGUCGUCAAUGAUGGAGGAGGAGGCGUCAACUUCGUGUUCAUCGCCGGCGUCUGUUGUUACUCCUGAUCAGUCGGGAAGUUAUGACGGAAUGACGAAAGGGAGGAAUAAGUUCGUUUUGUACUACGAGGACGAUGGAGGAGAGAUGACGGUGGCAUCGGAAGAGAAAGAGUAUUCGAGUGACUGCGAUGAUGGCGGGAUGAGUGAGGAACGGUACUGGGGGAGUUGGGAGAGAAUGUUGAGGAUGAGAACGGCGGAAAUGGGGUGGUAUCGUUACCAGGACUUGACGGUGAUCAACGGCAACGUUGUGAGGUUGUGGGAGGAGGGCGGCGGAGGGAAGGUGCGGCAGGUAGAAGCUUACAGCUCAGGCUGUGUUGUAUGGUAGUUGGCGUUUUUAGGACUUUUGUCAAAUAGUUGUCAUAAUUAAUGCUUCCUUUCCUUAAAGAAAUUGAGGUUUUGUAGCAUAAUUGAUGAAUAUUGUGUAAAAUGUACAUAAUUGAUAAAGGUCGUUGGAUGGAACAACCUUUGAAAUCAAAUUGAUUUCUCUUG